AUCUCCGUCGAGUCCAAACCCUAGAAACCCCUUCUCCCGCGUCUCCUCUCUCUCUCUCUCUCUCUCUCUCUCUCUCGCUCUCUUUGGGAGGAAUUUCGAAAUCGGAUACUACAAACCUAUCGGUCUCUGAUCUCAGCUGCAUGAAGAAACAAUGAUCUCCACAAUCCCGUGCUUCACGCCUCCACUUCCCACCCACAAGCACGUAAGCAAGAGGAAGAACCAUCGCCCCUUUAAUCCAAUUAGGGUUUCCAAUGUAAACAGGAGGUGUGAAUGCUUUGAUCUCUACAAACAACUUGUUCCUUAUAAUGAGGCUUGGUCUUGGCAAAAGUCGGUUGUAAAAAAGAGACACAUGAUGAUAGAUAAAGAUGAAGAUUAUUCGGACACUUUGAUCAUUCUCCAACACCAUCCUGUUUAUACUCUAGGUACGGCUAGUAUGGAGAAGUACCUGAAUUUUGAUAUACAGAAUGCUCCCUUUGAUCUUUACCGCACUGAACGGGGCGGGGAGGUUACGUAUCAUGGUCCUGGACAGCUUGUUAUGUACCCUAUUAUCAAUUUGCGGUAUCACAAAAUGGAUCUGCAUUGGUACCUUAGGUCACUUGAAGAAGUGAUUAUCCGGGCGCUUACUUCAACAUUCUCUAUCAAGGCAUCGAGGCUUAAGGAUUUCACCGGAGUUUGGGUUGGGAAUCAAAAAGUUGCGGCGAUUGGGAUUCGUGUCUCCCGAUGGCUAACUUAUCACGGCUUGGCACUGAAUGUUACCGCAGAUUUAACCCCCUUUCAGCACAUCGUCCCCUGCGGCAUUCGGGAUCGCGGGGUCUGUAGUCUCAAACAGUUACUGGAAACAGAAUCAGAUGUGAAGAACAUCGACGAUGCGACCCUAAUGGAUGCGACUCAUGAAUCCUUAAUUAGAGAAUUCUCAAAUGUGUUUCAGCUCUCGCUCGAAUGCAAAGCGAAUGCGUGUCUGGACAACGCGGUGAUCUCUUGAAUGUUGCUUUGACGGAGAUAAUUGUGUGUGAUGUGUGUGAGAUGCGGAGAAUGUAGCGAGCAAAACUCGUCAAAAUUGAGCAUGUAAUAUGGCGAAUUCGACUAAAUGAGUUGCUGCGGAUUCAGAAUCUUGGUUCAGUUGAAUUGUUUCUAGAGCUAAUCUUGUUUAAACUCUUCUUUUCUUGCAUAA